AUGGCUCGCCACGGGGAUACUCGCUCACCAUCUCCUGCAGGCAGCACAUACUCCUCGUCUCGCCGGAAUCGCAGAGAGGAUGAUCGCUUCGAUAGAAACAGACGGGAUGAAGGACGGGGAUAUCGCAGAUCCCGCAGCCCGGAGGUGGGUAAACCUCGAAUUCACUCUCUCGUAUCCUCAUCUCUAACUCGUCCGGCGACAAUGCAGCGGCGUUAUCGUGGUCGCGACCACGGCCGUGACAGAGAUGGCCAUCGCCGCCGAGACCGAUCGAUAGACCGACGCGAAGAAGACAGUUACCGCCCCAGCCGACGAGAUCGGUCGCGAGACCGAGACGACGAUCGCGAUUAUCGCCGCCGGAGUCGCGACAGAGACUACCGACCUAGGAGAGAUAAUUCACGCGACCGGGAUCGCAGGCGCACAGAUGAUUCUGCUGAUGUGAAGCACAAGUCUAGACGGGCUGACAGCCGUGACCGUGGCGCGACUCGACGGUCCAGAUCUCGCACGCAAGAGGUACGUUAUCGUGAAGGUCCUAUCACCACCAGAGCGUAUGAUGCUUAUUACGUUCGGCAGCCAUCCAAACCCGCUGCCCCAGCCCCCGCCCCCGCCGCUCAAACGGACGAGCAGAAAAAAGCAGAGAGAUUAGCAAAACUCGAACUAUGGAAGGCUAAGCAAGCCGCCGAGCGGGAACGGAAGCAACAAGAACAAGCUGCUGCCGGUGGCGGACGCGGAAUUCUGGAUGAAAUUGAUCGCAGAUCUGGCUUGUCUCCUGCUGUGGGUUCGCCUCAAACUCCUGCUACACCAACCGACACUGCGUCCCCGGCUCCAUACGCUGGAAAAUUCGACCCCAAGGCCAUUGCUAAGAGCGCGGCCUCGAAUGGAACGACCACCGCACCCGCGGUACUUGGAAUUGAUGUCGCGGUUCCGCAGACCAAGGCUGCUGUGCGACCACCUACAGCGCCUUCUGCAACCGCACCCGCUCCCUUGAAGGCCAAAGGCAAUGUGAGUGGAUUUGGACUUGGUGCCAAACAUGCUUUUGAGUCCGAUAAACCCUCGGCUACUCGAACUCUAGGCUUUGGCGAAGAAGAGUCAACUCGCAAGAAAUUGGAGCGGCUCCCAACCCCUCCCCUCGAUGACGGCAAGGACACUUUUGUCGGUGCAGAUGACGCCGGUGAUGACGACGACGUUGAUAUGCAAGACGGUGAUAACGAGGAAGAAGCUGCCGCUGCCGUGCGAGCUGCCGCUGAACGGCGUGAGGAGCGACUUCAGAAUCAGCAGUCCGAGAUGAACGCCGAUAUCCACAUGGAAGAUGCUUCCAACCAGCAGGCCGAGUCUGCCGAGAUGGAAGUUGAUGAGGCCGAGGAGGUUGAUCCUUUAGAUGCAUUCAUGUCGGACCUUGCAGAUACCGCUCCACCGAAAAAGAAGAUUGGCGUCACAUUCGCAAAGAAGAAAGCCACGCAGCAACCCCAGGCGAUGUUUGGCGACGAGGACGAUGUGGACAUCACGGCUGUUGGUGCUGAAGAUGCAGACGACGUUCUCGCCAUGGCAAGCAAGAAAAAGAAGAAGGAAAUUCCGACAGUCGAUCACGCCAAGGUCGAGUACGAGCCGUUCCGUAGGGACUUCUAUAAUGAGCCAAAUCAUCUUGCCGAUAUGACUGAAGAGGAAGUGGCAAAUUUGCGCCACGAGCUGGAUGGCAUUAAAGUACGUGGACAGGACAUUCCCAAGCCCGUUCAGAAAUGGGCCCAAUGUGGAUUGGGCGUACAAACCUUGGAUGUGGUCGAGCGUCUGGGCUUCGAGGGGCUCACAUCUGUCCAAGCCCAAGCCAUUCCCUCUAUCAUGUCUGGCCGUGAUGUGAUUGGUGUUGCAAAGACUGGUUCAGGAAAAACAAUGGCCUUCCUUGUCCCUAUGUUCCGACACAUCAAGGAUCAGCGACCGCUGGGUAACAUGGAGGGCCCUAUUAGUCUGAUCAUGACGCCGACUCGUGAAUUGGCCACGCAAAUCCACAAAGAUUGUAAGCCGUUCCUGAAAGCACUCGGCCUUCGCGCGGUCUGCGCUUAUGGCGGUGCUCCUAUUAAAGAUCAAAUCGCAGAGCUGAAGCGUGGUGCGGAGGUCGUCGUUUGCACCCCCGGUCGAAUGAUUGAUCUACUCGCUGCGAACGCUGGCCGAGUUACGAACCUUCAUCGGGUGACGUAUGUCGUUCUCGACGAGGCAGAUCGUAUGUUCGACAUGGGCUUUGAGCCGCAGGUCAUGAAAAUUCUAGCCAACGUUCGACCGGAUCGUCAGACGGUGCUUUUCUCGGCUACAUUUCCUCGCAACAUGGAGGCACUCGCCAGAAAGACCCUCAAGAAGCCUAUUGAGAUUGUGGUUGGCGGUAGGAGUGUCGUGGCCCCUGAAAUUACCCAAGUGGUUGAGGUGCGCAACGAAGAUCAGAAAUUCGUUCGCCUCUUGGAAUUGCUGGGCAAUCUGUACUCUGAAGACGAAAAUGAGGAUGCGCGGGCGCUGAUCUUUGUCGAUCGUCAGGAGUCUGCCGAUAACCUGCUGAAGGAGUUAAUGCGAAAGGGCUACCCUUGCAUGUCUAUCCACGGCGGAAAAGAUCAAGUCGAUCGUGAUUCUACCAUUGAAGACUUCAAGGCUGGUAUUUUCCCUCUUCUUGUCGCUACCUCGGUCGCUGCUCGUGGUCUGGACGUGAAGCAGCUGAAGUUGGUAGUUAAUUAUGAUGCCCCUAAUCACUUGGAAGACUACGUUCACCGUGCUGGUCGUACUGGUCGUGCUGGAAACACCGGCACUGCAGUGACAUUCCUCACAGAAGAACAGGAGCGAUACUCUGUGGAUAUUGCAAAGGCACUCAAGCAGAGUGGACAGGAGAUUCCCGAGCCAGUUCAGAAAUUGGUUGACAGCUUCCUGGAGAAGGUCAAAGCUGGCAAGGAGAAGGCCAGUGGAUCAGGCUUCGGUGGAAAAGGUCUGGAACGUCUUGACCAAGAACGUGAGACCGCUCGUAUGCGUGAGCGCCGAACAUAUAAGACUGGCGAGGAAGGCGAGGAGGACGAGGAGAAGGAUGAAAAGAAAGAAAAGGCCGACGAAGAACGCUUCAACAAGGCACUGUCCGCAGUGCAAUCUGCCGCUGCCCCCGCACCUGCGCCUCUUGCAGGUGUUCCCAAGGGCAUUGAUUUGGAUGGCAAGAUUACAGUGCACAAGACCGAGAGGGAUCCCAACGCUGCCGGGAAGAACCCUCUGGACAAGGUUGGUUCUGCCGUGGCCGAUAUCCAUGCUCGUCUGAGUCGCGCUGGUGUGAUGAGAUCUGGUGUACCCAUCGACAACCGUGGGCCAGAUGCCGGUGCAUUCCAUGCUACACUGGAGAUCAACGACUUUCCCCAGAAAGCUCGUUGGGCCGUUACCAACCGCACGAAUGUCGCCAAAAUCCUGGAAGCCUCUGGCACAUCCAUUACCACCAAGGGCAGUUUCUACCCCACUGGCAAGGAGCCUGGUCCCAACGAGAACCCCAAGCUGUAUAUCCUUGUUGAAGGCGAGACUGAAAUUUCCGUCACCAACGCAAUGCGUGAGCUGAUGCGUCUGCUCAAGGAGGGUACCGUUGCCGCUGCUGAUAGCGACGCCCGUGCGCCAGCUAGCGGCCGUUAUAGCGUUGUUUAG